AUGGUACACGAGAAGAAGUUAAAAACACUCGAUUUGGCGCAAUCGCCCCGCACAAACCACGUGGAAGAUGACGAGCAGGAAACAUUUAUCCUUGGCCGGCCAGUCGACGAUGCGCCCGAGAUGGAGUCGUGCAAACAUUGUAAGAAGAAUGUAUUGAAAUCCGGCGCCAAGGGACACAUUGCGCAGUGCCUCAAGGUGAAGAAGGAAAAGGCGUUGAGGAAAAAGGAGGCGAGGGAAGCGAGAGAGCGCGCGCGGGAGGCCGCGAGGGAAGAGGCCAGGAAGGCGGACGGGGACGUCGGCGGCAAGGGUGAGGAUAGCGACGACGACGAGGAUGACAAGGUCAGGGCAUCCAAGACCAAGGGCGCCGAGCCUGGGAAGGGCGGGAAGAAGCGCAAAGCGGAUACUGAGGCGGAGAAGGGUCCGUCUAAAAAGAAGAAGAAGGAGGAGGUCAAGCCCAAGGUCGCGAAACCCAGGGGACCCGUCGAUGUUGAGCGACAGUGUGGUGUCAUACUUCCUAACGGCAUGCCUUGCGCCAGGUCGCUUACAUGCAAGAGUCAUUCCAUGGGUGCGAAGCGUGCGGUGCCUGGAAGAUCGCUACCGUACGAUAUGCUCCUGGCGGCGUACCAAAAGAAGAACCAGGCCAAGCAACAAAAAGCGGCAAUGGACGCCAACGCCCCGAUCGAGGACGAAGAGGAGAACGUGGGCGAGAUCGAUUCGGACGAGGAGACAUCCAAUGUCAUGGCCGCGCUGGCCCUGUGGAACCCACAGCCUGUGGUGCCGCCGGCGGUGCUGCAGCCCAUCAAGCGCACCUACCAGCUCGCGCGCCUGCACGAGCAGCUGCAAAUGGCGACCAACGGUGGACGCACCAACAUCUUCAAGGUCGUCGGCUUCGGCGCGCAGAGGCUCCCCGAGGGCCACCCGGGCCUCAUGGACAGCGACGACGCCAUGGGCGAGCCCGAUACCGUCAUGUUUCCCACGAGCGCGCGGGCUUCCAGCUUUGGACUGCAAGGGUCCAUGUCGCGGCGGCCGUCUGUCUCCAGUAGAGGAUAG